GCUGUAAUGAUCACUGCUAUUUGUUAUCUGCAUUCUUCACUGCCUCACCUUUUAGCACAAUAAUAGCCUUGGAGCAAGGUCCUCCAGCAUGGGCGUGGGUGGGAGAGGAAGAGAAAUGAAGUGGGAGCUCAGUCACCUCUGCACGACGUCGGACUUUCUUGGGACGGUCCCGCACAAGGCUUCAGCAGCAUGCGUUUAUUUCUGCAUCGCACGCCUCACCACCACAUGGACAAGAUAAAGCUGGAGUGACACCAGGACUAUUUCACUAGAUAGACACUGUGAAUGGAGCAAAGAAAGAGACGAGACGCUGCUUUUCAAAGCAACUGCAUAAUUAUUCUUACUGAAAGCACAAAGGGGAGGAGAGAGAGGGAGAGAGAGAGAGAGAGAGAGAGAGGGAGAGAAAGGGUAUAGCAUCCGCCUGCGCUGCAGGUGCUAUAUCUGUGCGCGCUACUUUCCAUGAGGUAGCUGCUUAUUUGCCAUGUAUUGAGCCGAGCAUUGGUGAAUUUAAAAACGCGGACUCCUGCUGCUGCUGCUGGUGCUGGUGCUGCAGAUAAAGCGCCCUCCUGGAUAAGUCAGAGCGCACGGGACGGAUGCUGUGCGCGGGCAGGUGUAUUCAGCCAAGUGGAGGCGCAAAGUAGGAGCGAUGCACAACCGCCUGCAGAUACAACACCUACUCUGAAGGAAACCCCUUUCAUCCCGAGAUAUGCAGCUUGUUAACACGUGUAUUCCCUUCGGAAAUGACUGGCGUUCCCCUGCAACUUACACACGAUGAUGGCCACGCGAAACUGGGCACCGUGGAACUGAUGGACGCACGGAGAUGAUGAGGCUGUAGUGGCCCUGACAUAAAACGCAGGGGGAGCUUCUGACUGAGCUGCUUCGCUCGAAUCAACCUGGUUCUCAUCAAGGACACGAUCUCAAGCAGAAGGAUGCCCGGGGCACUUUUGUCACAGUCCCUCUACAUUGGGAUGGAGGUGGUGAUCGCAGUCGCGUCUGUUAUCGGGAAUGUGAUGGUGGUUUGGGCGGUGAAAAUCAAUAAAUCGCUGCGAGAUACCACGUUUUGUUUCAUUGUCUCGCUGGCUGUGGCGGAUAUUGCGGUGGGAGCCCUCGUCAUCCCUCUGGCCAUCAUGAUCAGCAUCGGACUUCAAACUCACUUUUACAGCUGCUUGCUGGUGGCGUGCACGGUGCUGGUGCUGACGCAAAGUUCAAUCCUCGCCCUCCUGGCUAUUGCAAUUGACCGCUAUCUCAGGGUCAAGAUCCCGACCAGGUACCGGCGGGUGGUGACCCAGCGGAGAGCGGGACUGGCAGUUGUGAUAUGCUGGAUGGUGGCUUUCAUUGUGGGCCUGACACCCAUGUUAGGCUGGAACAAUCUGAGGCACCUCCAGCUGAAUGACACCAACAGCUCCAACCUUAUCACCUGCCAGUUUGAAAAUGUCAUCAGCAUGGACUACAUGGUGUAUUUUAACUUCUUUGGCUGGGUGCUGCCGCCGCUGCUUCUCAUGCUGGUUAUCUAUGCAGAAAUCUUCUACAUGAUCCACAAGCAACUUAACAACAAGAAGUUAACCACCAGCCACACUGACCCCAACAAGUACUACGACAAGGAGCUGAAUCUUGCUAAAUCCUUGGCUCUGGUCCUUUUUCUCUUUGCAAGCAGCUGGCUCCCCCUCCACAUCAUCAACUGCAUCACACUCUUCUGUCCUGACUGCAAGAAGCCCAUUGUCAUCCUUUAUAUCGCCAUCCUACUCACCCAUGGCAACUCUGCUGUCAACCCAAUUGUCUAUGCUUUCCGCAUUAAGAAGUUCCGCACAGCCUUCCGUAAAAUCUGGCAGCAAUACUUCUGCUGCAAAGACACACCACCUCUAGACCUUCAGCCCAGCGACAGGAAAGAUAUCCCCAAUCUGGAGCACGAGCAGGCGACACCACAGCAGAAUCCAAUUCUCACAUCUGAUCCCCCACAGCAGCAGCAGAACCAGAGAACCGAAACACUGCAGCAACCUAAAGAACAUCCGCCCUUACAGGAGCAGAACGCUGUCUAAGUCAAGGAAUGGAGCUGAUUGCUGGUUGAGAAAGUAAUGAUCAGCACACACUCCUCCUGGUGAGGAGUCUGAGGUCCUACAAUGCAGUUGUGACUAUAGGAACUCUGAUAAUAUCAAUUCUGAGAGAUAAUUUAUCUUUAACUCAGGAGGAGUGGAUUUACUGAAAGAUGUGUCGAAAAACAAGGGCAAUAAGAGUAUCGAUAAACUUCGCAAUAACGGAAGUCAUUUUUACAGUGACUCUGUUCAUCUUAGUAACAGACUGAAGAUAUUAAGCUUUAAUGGUUUUGUUCAUUAUGGGGACACAAGUUGUGCGAACGUUACAAAAUGUGCAAUGUAAGUUAUUGUUGUUGGUCAGUAUGAGAUUAUCAAAUGUUAAAAACUCAAAUGAACAUUUAUACAUUCAAUAUAGCAGGUUCUUCUCACUACUGUUGUACUGUGUGUAUGUCUAAACUGGCAGUGGCAGAAGAAUAUGAAUGUAAUAACAGUGUAAAUAGUAGACUGCAGCAGCACAGCUGUGUAUGUGCAUCUUCAGGGUCUUAAUAGCACAACAGUGGCAGAGCAAGAAGCUCUGUUUGAGAGAUGUUUACAACAAGGUAGCUUGUAUGUGCUGAGAAGGGAUUUGUACUCCCAUAACUCGUCCACGCUGGAGCAGAGUCCCUCAGUGACCCGACAGUACUGAUCCAUUAGAAGGAGAUGGCCAGCGAUAUGAGACACAGCUGGAGGGAGUGGGAGCUUCUAACCUUUCAGAAGCUACAUGCUGGAAAUUCAUGUCUGCAGGAGGAAAGCGGGUCAUGGGGGAGAAAGAAAACAUGCACUCAAAGCUUGUGUUUAUCCAGACUCCAUGCCUGCUGGUGGUGAGUGUGGGCUCUUCCUCCCGCCACUUCCAUUGACUGACAAUAACCUUAUUACAACUCACAGUGGCUUCUAUGGCCUUAUUCAGAGUUCUAAUUAGUUUGACUGAACCAUAAAAGACGGCUUAAAGAUUGUGAGAUCUUUAUGAAGCUUAACAUUUUGCAUACAGCCGGACUACAACCUAUAAUUAUUUUCAGCACUGACACAAAAACAUGAUAUGAGAAUGUCAAGUAAUGUUGUCUCUUAUAAAGACUCCAAGAUCUGGUUUGGACAGUUCACUGAUGUUCUCCUAUAGUGGGUAAGAUAGUUGAUGAUGAAUAAGCCAUGCAGUUGCUGUUGCUGCCUUUUGUUUAAUUUUGAAAAGUUGUAGUUAAGAUGGAAAGUCUGCACAGUUCUUCAGUUAGUCGGAACUGGUCAAGUCGCCUUCAGUGAACCACAGGCGAUUAAUCUGUAGUUCGGUGAGGCGAUGAGUGAGUCACUCUGGACGCCCCUGAUUUACAUAAAUUAGCCUGGGCUUCAACUUAAUGCACACAAACAGAGGCCUGCUCAAUAUCCCAUAUCUUAAUACGCAACACUUCUCUACCAAACUGCAGACUGUUUACAUGUCUACAAAGUUGCAUACUAAGAAGUGGACUGUACAUAUUACACAUGGGAAGUAAAUAGAGGAUAAAUAAAGUGCCAUCUGGGUUAGGUAUAUCAUUUUCAUUGUAAAUAUAUCCCAUAGUUCAAUCAUAAUGAAAGGCUUGCAAAUGACUGAGCACACAAUGUAAUGCUAUCUCUCGGAGUAUAUUUAUCUACAAAUAAUUUGCAAACUGUGAUGGAAAGCUUGUUUUCUUUGAAAAUUCCACAUACAAUUUGUUAGUUAAAACAUCUUUAUGCUGUUGCAUAACAUGUGAAGUGUCAGUAAGACGCUCAUCGAAGCACUCAAGUAGGAGGGAAAGUUUGCUUCAAGUUUAUGGUCGACCCGGAGGGGAGUGCUGUCAACCACAGAGGAGGACAAUCCUGAUGUUGACUGUCCUGGGAUUUGUACGCACAACGUCUACUAAACAUCAUGUUUGAAAACACUUUUGCACAGCCGGUUAAGAACAAGUGCGCUAAUGUUAAAGAAUCUACAGUGGAUCACAUGCACUCGUACGUCUUUGCUUUUUGCCUGCAUAGAAACAUGUUUUGGGCAUUUAACCUUUAUUUGAGCGUUAACGUAGAUAAGCAGCAAGAUUCACAAAAGACAUACAAGGGCGUUUUGAUGUGGUGCACCUUAACCAGUCGGCCAGUUGCAAGCUGGGUUGGCCCAUAUUUUUCCACACAGUUAGCCAAGCCAGCACAGACAUGAGAAGUGUGAAUAAUGGAUUCAUGGUGCAUAUAAAAUGACUCCAAAUGAGCGCUGAAGUUGCUGUACUGUGUUUCCUUCCCUCAUGGGUGAAGCAAACAAUAGAAACAAAGGCUGGUGUAAAGAUAGGUGAUCAUUAAUCUAUUCCUUUCCCACAUAAAGUAGUCAUUUCUUUCCUUGCAGCAUAGGAUACAUCCAUUGAACUACCUUUACACCUAGUGCAUCUACUCAAAUUUUUUUAACAAUUAGUUGGCACUUUCUGAAUUGUCAUUAUUCAACAGCAAUCAACACUUACAGCCCCAGAUAUCUGAACCUUUUAAUGGCACCUGACUGCAGCUUAGAGGCUCGGUUGGAAUUCUCAUUACCACGGUGCAAUAAUGCAGCAAGUGGCUCCAAGUUAACAGUUUGGAGUUGUCAAAGGCCUGACAUGCCAUUUCUCUCCCCUGUACAUGUAAAGCUUUAACAGCUGGAGGCGCAUGAUGUUCCUGGAAGGACCAUAUAAUCUGUGCUGUUCUAAAGUUGUCUGCAGUAUCACUUCAGUUAACACUUUCACAUUUAAAAUGUCUAUGUUCAGAAGCCAUACUGAUCAUGUGCACACAAUAUAACGCUGACCAGAAAGCAGAUCAAUAGUCUGUUUCAACUGAAGGAUGUUUUACAUAGUUCAGCCUCUGUGGCUAUUCUUAUCAUAUUGGCUUGGUUUCCUGGACAAAGAUGCUGAGUUUCAUUGGAGAACUGAAUAUCAAGAGAAGAACCACAAAUAGGAAAAAAGGAAAUACCAGAGCUGUGUAUUUAUUAUAGAACAACAGGUGACCUUGCCUUGUAGUCUUUACCUGACCCACUCUCCUUGGGGCUUAUGUGGUUCUUGACCACUGAUCCUGAGGGACGCAGCAGGGCCUCGUUUUACACCCCUUUAUAUUCUCAGUCUCUAAUAAAAAAACAACUCAGGUUCAGGGUGGAGCAACCUUCCCUUUCAGUACCUUUGCACAUUCAAACAUGGAUGUCUGCCCAGUUGCAGACAGACAAGAAUUGUGUAAUGUUGUAAUCACAUGUGUAAUGAAGGCAAAUAAACAAUAGCGCAUAAUGAACGUGACCUCCACAAAUCUGUACCUGCCCUUCUCUUCACUGGUGAAAUCAAUAUGUCUUUGAUUUCAAACAUGCUGUACAUUUCAGGGGGACAGUUUGAAGGGAACGCUAAAUGGUCUGUAUUUAUGAAAUGCUUAGUUGACCACUCAGCACAAAGCUGCUUAACACUAAAUUCAUGACUUUGCCAUUCAUCCAUUCAUUCAAAUUCAUAUAUAUACCAUUCACACACUGCCAGGAGCAAC